AUGGCUACCGAUAAAGACAUCAAAGCCGUCAUCGAGUUUGUACAGUCUACCAAGUUGACAACACCACCAUUUAUAAUUGAUAAAUCUAAGGGUGUUCUAAAGACUAAUGCUGAAAUAGACUAUGAAUAUACUACUAAUUACAAACUGGUCAUUCAUGUACAUGAUAUGAAACCGCCAGAGUUGUCACUGACAACAACAGUCACACUGAAUAUUUUCAUUGAAGACAUGAAUGACAAUCCACCGGAGUUUAUCUCUCCGCCGCCGAGUGAAAUUCAAUUCGAUGGUUAUACAGUCGUUGAACCGAUACGAAAAUAUCAGAACAGCUUAAAAAUUAUCGAGUUUGAAGAGGAGACUAUUCACACUAAACCAUUGGGUAGAGUUCGAGCUGUAGAUCGUGACAGUGGCAGGAAUGCUGAAAUAAUUUAUUUUAUUGCCGAGAUUUCAACUGAUUUGGCAGGUGAUCCGUUGAACAGAGAGAAACUCAUCAGCUGGAAUAAUAAUAUUAAUAAAGCUUCUAGUAAUUUUUCAAGUCUCCCGAAAAUAUUAAUCGAUGCAGACGGUGCUUUAUGGUGUGAAGGAAAGUUGGAUAGAGAGAAGCUGCCGAUUAUUGAUUUAGUGAUUGGUGCUCAUGAUUUAGGCGAACCGAGAUUAACCUCUUACACAAAGGUAAGAAUUAUCUUAAAAGAUAUUAAUGAUAAUCAACCAGAAUGGCAAUUUCCAACUGAGAAAGACUUUUUAGUCGCUGUUUCAAAAUCUGUCCCCAUUGGGACAAUAAUUACGCGUGUUCGAGCCACUGAUAAAGAUGAACAGUCUAAAAAUGGUCUUGUAAACUAUUAUAUAGCAGAUUUAGUAGCUGGGGACAAUGAGAUCACCUCUAAAUCAGAGUUGUUGACAGGUAAACUCAUUGCACACAUUUUUGAAAUGGAUUUAAAAUCGGGUGAAUUAAGAGUGAAGCAAUCGCUUACUGACCUACCGGAUGGAUUUCUUGAAAUAUUGUUGAAAGCUGAAGACAACGGUAGAACUCCUCAAAAAUCAUUGGCUAAAUUAAUCCUGUAUAUAACAAAUGACAGUGAUCUUUUAAAAAUGAACACUCCAGAGAAAUUACUAGCCUUUUAUCAAAAAGAAAAACAUACAAAGCUACUGAAUUCCCAGCUACUUACAUUUGGAAAAUUCAAUGAAAUGAUUCCUUCACUGAUGAAUUCAGAUUCUAGUAGUUUGUAUAUACGUCGUACUGUAGGACAACAAGAUAGAGGGAGUGUCAGGCAUUUAUCAAUUGUAAUUGGUGCUUCAAUAAUUGGUGCUAUCACUGUCAUUUGCUUAGUUGCUUUAUUAAUUGGCUUAAAGUUCACUACACGUUUUCAAAAUCGUACAAAAUUCAUAUCGACUACAAAAAAGGAUAAAAAUGACUACAAUCCAAAGAAGAAGAAGAAGAAGAUUGAGUCUGCUAACAGUUGUAUAAAACACGUAUCUCAUCAUUCAUGCAUAAACUCUGGCAACCCAGUAGAAAUAAUACCUAAUGAUUCGAAUAGUGUUCACAGCCUGAUGAAAUGUAUGCAUAAAAUAGAAAUAAAUGACUCAAAUAACGAAAAAUUAUUUUCGCCAUCAUUAACUCAAAACUAUUUCCGAUGUUCUCCAACUUCGAUUCAAACCAGUAUACCAGUGAGUAUGAUAAGAAAUCCUGAAGAUAUUCAUUAUUUGCCGAUCCAUUCAACGUUAGAUUUAACUGAGAAUAUUCCUUUAAGACUUCUGCAUGUAUCCAACGACAAGCUUACUGAAUCUCAAUGUUCGAAUUUCAAUACAAAUCAUAAAAACAAUGAGAACAGUGAUACCAGUGAUAAUAAUACUAUUACUACUAAUAAUAAUAAUCGACAGUAGUGCUAACGAAUUAGUGACACCACAUUCCCUUACAAUUAUUGCUUCAGUUGUACCUACAUGUAAUAUAAAAACAGCUUUACUUCCAAUGCUAUCACAAGAUCAUUGUAGUGAACUGAUGACAUCUAGUGGGAUAACUUUGCUAAAUGAAGAAGAUAUUAUCAAGGUGGGAAAUUUAUCACAUUCCACAACAACAGGUUAUACCGAUUUUCCCGCGUGUAUUUUCUCAACAACAACAACAGCAAUUACUGCUACUACAAAUACCUCAUAAUAU